AUGUUUUUCGGACAUGUAGAUCACGACAUUGAUGAAGAGAUAUCAUCAGAUUCGGUGAAUUAUGUUAAUGAACAAGGUAUUCUUGUAGGUAUAAAAUCUUUGCGAUCAAUAUUAUCAUCGUUGGAUAGAUCACAAUAUUGUAUAGUUGAAGUAAACAAAUCAGCAAUUCCCCCAGUUUGCAAAUUGAUCAAGAAAAAAGAAUUUUAUGAAGCACAAAGAAGAUCAUCAAAGGUCAAAUCAAAAAGUAGUCAUCUACCACAAAAUAUCCAUAAAGAAUUAAAACUUGGUUGGAGAAUCAGCGAGAAUGAUUUGUCACAUAAAAUUAAUAAAGCAAUUGAGUUUCUAUCAAAAGGUUAUAAUUUAAAUAUCAUUAUUAGCAACAAUAAAAAUACUCAUAAAGAAGUAGUUGAUAAAAGUGUCAUGGAUAAAAUUUUAAUUAAUUUAAAAGACUACAUUAAAUCUAGUAAACCACCUGAAUGGAAUGGUGGGUGUGUUGUAUUAAAAAUGCAAGGUAAUGGUCCGUCGGCCAAUAAGAGUAAGGAGGAAGAGAAGGCAAUGAAGGUGGUGGUGGAUGAUGAAAAUACAAAUGAUGAAAAAAAUAAAGGAGACAAAGGAAAUAAAAAAGACUAA